UGCUGAGGCGGAGGGAAGCAAAAUAGUCGCUAGUGUACCAUGAAAAGAAUCUCAGUUUAAAACGGAAAACGAAAGAAACAUUCUGUUCCUAAAUUGUUUCCUGCCCAGACGAUGAAUCAGUUUCAUUAAAUGCACAGCGUAUAGUUAUACUGAUUUUAAACCGCUGUGUUUGGUUGGUAUUGUUCAUAGUUAAACUACUGCCAUUGGAAGUUUGAUUUGAACAAGCGCUACUAUACUCCUAACUGCUGUACUCCACAGGUCAAAUGGCUGGACGGAACUACCUUCACCAGAUCCACUGCCCUCAGCAUCCAGACGCAGCUCUGGUUGAAGAUUAUCGCGCUGGCGAUAUGAUUUGUCCUGAAUGUGGGCUCGUGGUUGGAGACAGGACAAUUGAUGUUGGAUCAGAAUGGAGAACAUUUUCAAAUGACAAAGAUUCAAAAGAUAUGUCUCGUGUUGGAGAUUCACAAAACCCAUUAUUGUCUGGAAGUGAUUUAUCCACAAUUAUUGAGCGACCAUCUGGACCACCAGGUUCUUCUAAUGAUAAUGGUUUCUCCCAGUUUUCUAAUCGUAAAACAAUGAACAACAGCGAUCGUGUCCUGAUCCAUGCUUUUCGGGAAAUAUCAUCAAUGGCUGAUAGAAUAAGUCUGCCAAAAAAUAUUGUGGAUCGUUCAAACAAACUGUUCAAGCAAGUGUAUGAUUCUAAAAGUUUAAGAGGUCGAGCAAAUGACGCAAUCUCUGCUGCAUGUUUGUACAUCGCGUGUAGACAAGAAGGGGUACCACGAACCUUUAAAGAGAUUUGUGCUAUUUCACGAAUCUCAAAAAAAGAAAUCGGAAGAUCUUUUAAGCUAAUUGUAAAAAAUCUGGAGACAAAUGUGGAAGUUAUAACAUCUGGAGACUUUAUGUCGCGUUUCUGUUCCAACUUGAAUCUGCCGCCUUACGUGCAAAGAGGAGCCACAUACAUUGCUAGGAAAGCUGUAGAGAAAGAUCUGGUGGCAGGUAGAAGUCCAAUAUCAGUUGCUGCUGCUGCUAUCUACAUGGCUUCACAGGCGUCCAAGGAAAAACGAUCACAGAAAGAGAUCAGUGAAAUAGCAGGAGUAGCAGAAGUGACAAUACGUCAGUCGUAUAAACUGAUGCAUCCUCGGGCCAAAGAUCUCUUUCCAGAAGAUUUCAAUUUUCAUAUUCCAGUCUCACAACUUCCUACCUUUUAAUGAAAUCUCAUUCAUUUUAAUAACACCAAGCUCCAAACAUGUUAUUUGGUAUAGUGGUAUUGUAUGUGCAACAUUAUACAGGAUAUACCAGAAUUGACCACCCUCUAAAUAUAUUGAAAGAUGCCAUUGAUUGAUGGUCAAAAAGCAACAAAAACUUAAAUGCCAAAAAUUGUAUCAUAUCUCAGUAGUGGCACCUAUAGUAUUGCUAUAGUAAAUACUUCUUCCUAUUUUCAGAAACCUUUUUUAUGGGUGCAAUGACUUUGAUUUUGUUAUUUAGUACGUAAUUCGAUAUAGGUGGAAUUUAAAAAUGCAGUUUCAUUGUAUUAAGAAAUAGGAUAACUGUACGCACGCCGGCUGAAUUCGCUAUGAAUAAAUAGCGGUUUAACGUACAU